GAAGUUUAAAAUUGAAAAAUCAAGUCAUAACGCCCAUAAUCGGAAUCAGAGAUCGGAGCGGAAAUAGUCAGAGAUCGGCGAUCCAAGCAAUCUCCUCUCGAGGCUUUUGUGAUGGAAGGCGAAGGUGAUCAAGUUACCAGGAAACGCUUGAAAUCAGCUCUUGAAGACAAUGGAGGAACAUAUGAAGAGAAGGCUGCAUUUGAGACGAAUGAUGUUGCACAAGUUGCUGCAUCGGAGGAGAUGGAACUUAAUGUCUCUCACAUCCUCGAAAAGAUUGAAAAUUUCACUCACCUCGUAUCUGAGCUGCUGGAAUCAGGAAAGGCAAUCUUUAAGGAGCUGAGUAAUGAAUUUGAAGAACGCAUGAUAAUGAUACAUAAAGAACAAGUUGAGAAAUGGCAGGAAGAGAUUAAACAGCUGAGGUUGCUGGAUGCCUCAAACGAGGAGGCCCAUGCUCUUCUGCAUAAUGCUCGAUGUUUACUCCAAAAUGCUCACAUUGAUAAUGAUUCCUGAAGGUUUUUUACAAGCCAUCAGGGAUCAAGGAGUCUCAUUUCACUCCACCAUUUCCAAAAAGAUAGCAUGUAAAGCAUUUUUCUCUGAACCAAUUUCGUGGGUGACUACUGCUUUGAAAUUUCUUCUGCCCUAAAAGAGAUAUUAUAAGACUAGUUUCUUUGUAGAUACUGUACAAGAAAAGUUCUACAGAUCGGAAACUCUCGCACGUCAAUUU